AUGGAAAUCGCAUCAUCCUCAAAGCCUCAUCCGCCUGUUGUGGGCAAAGUGACUCAUCACAGCAUUGAACUAUACUGGGAUCUGGAGAAGAAAGCAAAGCGGCAGGGGCCCCAGGAACAAUGGUUCAGGUUUUCUAUCGAAGAAGAGGACCCCAAAUUGCACACUUAUGGUAUCAUUUAUACGGGCUACGCGACCAAGCACGUGGUGGAAGGCCUGGAACCGCGGACCCUGUACCGAUUUCGGCUGAAGGUCACCAGCCCCUCCGGAGAGUACGCGUACAGCCCGGUGGUCUCGGUAUCCACGACCCGAGAACCCAUAAGUACCGAACACUUGCACAGAGCUGUCAACGUGAACGAUGAAGAUCUGUUGGUGCGCAUACUGCAAGGAGGCAACGUGAAGGUUGAUGUUCCCAAUAAAUUUGGCUUCACCGCCCUGAUGGUUGCUGCCCAGCGAGGAUACACCAGGCUUGUGAAAAUCCUCAUUUCUCACGGCACAGAUGUGAAUUUGCAGAAUGGAAGUGGCAAGGACAGCCUGAUGCUCGCAUGCUACGCGGGACACCUGGAUGUUGUGAAAUAUCUCCGAAGACAUGGUGCUUCUUGGGACACUAGAGACCUGGGAGGCUGUACAGCUCUGCACUGGGCUGCAGACGGAGGCCACUGCAAUGUGAUCGAGUGGAUGAUAGGGGACGGCUGUGAGGUGGACGUUGUCGAUGCUGGUUCCAGGUGGACCCCACUCAUGAGAGUCUCUGCAGUCUCGGGGAACCAGGAAGUUGCCUCUCUGUUGAUUGACGCAGGCGCAGACGUGAAUGUGAAGGACAAAGACGGGAAGACCCCUCUCAUGGUGGCCGUGCUGAAUAACCACGAAGAGUUAGUCCAGUUACUUCUUGACAGAGGGGCAGACGCAAGUGUGAAAAAUGAGUUCGGCAAAGGUGUCCUCGAAAUGGCCAGAGUUUUCGACAGACAGAAUGUCCUCUCCCUAUUAGAAGAAAGGAAAAGAAAGCAAAUGCUGAAGAAGUCAUCUAUUCGCUGA